AUGGCUUAUCCAACUCGGUCGUUAGCUAGUAAAAUGUUCAUUAAUGAUACGUAAGUUUAUUUUGUAGUUUAUGGCGUGAUCUUUGUUUACAGGGAAAAUAUUUUUUGUGUUUUAGUGUAGAAUUUGAAAAAUGACAUGAAGUUUUUUGAACAGGUUUUAAUUUUUAAAUAAAUUCUUACAAAACGAGAAAUGGCAAAAACUUUAUUUACAAAAGAGAAUUGUUUCAUCAUAAACUUCGAAAUAUGCAAAUUAAAAAGUGAGAACUAUAAUAUAACAUAAUGGUACUGUUUUUGCAGUGAAGAAUACAAGAAUUGCGUUCGACAAAAAGCCGCCACUUUUGCCCACGACGUUGUUCUUCGCCGGUUUGAAAGGUAAGAAAUAUUGUUAUGUUACAUUAAAGCAUAAAAUUUCUACUUUUACUGCUACUUUAAAAAGUUAUCGAGUUAAAAAUCCACCCAAAAUUCAGUUGAAAUAUAUAUCUUUUUUAGCUCGGUUAGUGCCAAAUCGCCAAGUACGUCUCAAGAAAAUCCCAACGCGUUAAACGAGAUUAAUGAUCAAGGUAUUACUACUUUUAUUUAAUUUGGCCGGUUCGGGCACAGGGGCCGGCGCGCGGAUAACUGGGCCGCUCGGACAACUAGUCCGAUUCGCCUUAUAGUUGUCCGGGCUAUAUAUUCCUAAUAUUAUCGUAGUAGAUUACAAUUUUAAGUGUUAAAUACCACAGUAAGUUUAAAUUAAAACCUUAUAAUUUUUUCAGAUUUGCGGCAAACGCUGGAUUCCAUCAAGAGAACGUUGGACACGAUCGUAGAUUUAUUGGGAUCAAUAGAAAGAAAAAUGGUAAGAGCUUUUAAUUUUAAAAUUAAAACUAUGUUUAAAAAACUAAAAUAUCUCCUAUGAACUAUUUGUUAACCUUUCAUAUAUAUUACAGCCUUAUCCUUUUUUUGUAAAACUUAAAAGAAGAUUUCUGGGAUCGUGA